UUGAGGAUCACAGCUACUAACAAAGUUGGUACAUCACAACCAGCGUAUUUGGAUGUUAGCACGUUGGGCGGACCUGCCAUCGCUCCUACGUCAACGGAGUGGUUCUGGAGCAACUGUUCCCACGUGUUCAUCCAGGCCGCUGGUUGGGAUGACGCGGGAUGUGAGCUCCGAACGUUGGAGCUAGAACACCGGGCUCUUGGAGCGAGGAGCUGGAUGAGGCCUAUCAAUAUAUUGUCAUACACGGGUCACCCCUACCAGUACCGAGGCUCGUUCGCUCUAUCAGGCCUGUCCGCCGGCACCUGGUACGUGUUACGUAUCACAGCCACCAACGAGGCGGGGAGCGUCACCACCGUUUACAACUACGCGACUAAGAACGAGGAUGGCAGUGAAGUUGGUCCUCCGUCAGAAAUCUUCGACAUCAACAUGUUGGUGAUAGUCUUAAGCUCAAUUCUCCUAGCUGUCUGUCUUAUCUGCUGUGUUUAUAUUCUAGUUAAGAGGCAACGUAAUGUCAACUUAACGGGAUACCGCGACUCAAUAACGGUCGACAAAUCUGAAAGUGGCAACAUAACAGCUAACACAUCACACAAAAUAAUAGUAAACAUGUUAUACGAGAUAAGUCCUUACGCACAAUUCGCUGUCGGCUUUCGAACGUUUGGUCACGCUGAAAACAAUGACGGGCCGAGACACAUCAAACACAGAUAUGAUACAGAAACGAGUUUACAAGUUUGCUCCGAGUCAGAAGACAGUGACAGCAUAUCAAAAUCAACCCUCAAGAGCGUACCGAGAAGUAAGUUACGUCUGUAUCCCUACUAA